AUGUGUAGUGAAGCAGACGGCAAGCUCAACCUUCUUUUCGCUCACACUUCCUCAACCGCGAUCGUCUCGUCCGCCACCAUUCACACUUCUUCAACCUUCCUCCGUCUUAAUCAGAUGAGUCUCUCCAAUCGGAACCGUAACUUAGGGAUUUCACGUUCCAGUGAUGGCAAUGAGAGUUCGAGGGAGAAUAGACACCGAGCCAAUGAUAACUAUCAAAAACUAGUAAAAGAAGAGUACCGAUCUAGAGGUUAUGUGCAGGAUGCAAGGUCCAGUUUUUGUAAUGAGCCGUAUGAAGCAUGUCAUUUAGUGGUGAGGAUGGACAUGGAGAUGGAUUUGUAUGGCUUGGCAUGA